AAACAAAGAAUCUAGCCUCAUCUCUUUUCUUUCUGUCUCUCUAUUCUUUCUUUGCCUCUUCCUUUCUGAGACUAUGAAAUCUAUCUUCAUCUUAUUUCCAGCAAUUCUUGCAGUUCUUUCCAUCUACUUGUCUACCAAACCAUUUCCUUCAUUUAAGCCUCCGCUUAUUCCCGGAGCCCAUGACAACCUUCAAGAUGCAGAGGUUAUUCGUCUCGCCGAAGGAGCUGUUGGCCCAGAGAGUAUAGCCUUUGAUCCUAAUGGAGAAGGUCCAUACACAGGUGUUGCCGAUGGUCAAAUCCUUAAAUGGCAAGGAAAUCAAGGCUGGAAAGUAUUUGCACUCACUUCUCCCCAAAGGAAUGAGUGCGAACGCCCAAUUUCAGCAAAGAUGGAACAUGUAUGUGGGAGACCAUUAGGAUUAAGAUUUCAUCCCAAGACUGGAGAUCUCUACAUUGCUAAUGCCUACCUUGGGCUCCAAAAGGCAGACCCAAAUGGAGGUUUGGUGACUCAAUUGAUCACCGAGGCUGAAGGCGUACCCUUACGUUUCACCAAUAGUUUGGACAUCGACGGCGAUGAAGAUGUAAUCUAUUUCACUGAUUCUAGCACAAAUUUUCAAAGAAGAGAGUUUAUGUCAACAGUUCUAGGCCUGGACAAGACUGGUAGAUUGAUGAAGUAUGAUAUAUCAAGUAAACAAGUGACAGUGUUGCUGAGAGGCCUAGUUUUUCCAAAUGGGGUGGCUUUGAACAAAGACUGCACCUUCUUGCUAAUCUCAGAAACUACUACUUGUAGGAUCCUAAAGCUUUGGCUUAAAGGUCCUAAAGCUGGAAGUCUUGAUGUCUUUGCUGAGUUACCUGGAUUUCCUGAUAAUAUUAGAAGGAAUUCAAAAGGGGAGUUUUGGGUUGCUUUGUACAGUAAGAACGGCAAAUUUGAGAACUGGGCUCUUACAAAUCCUUGGUUUGGGAAGGUUUUCUUGAAGCUUCCUGAUAGAGUUAAGAGAUUACAGUCAAUAAUUGGUGAGAUGAAGGCUCAUGCAAUUGCUGUAAAGCUGAAUGAGGAGGGAGAAGUUGUAGAAAUUUUUGCAGAUAGUCAAGGAAAGACUUUGAAGUUUAUUAGUGAAGUGGAAGAACAUAAUGGAAAUUUGUGGUUUGGGUCAGUGUUGAUGCCCUUCAUGGGCCGUUAUAACUUGCAAUAAGUGUAAAGCAGCCUUGACUUGGGGUCUUAGUUUUUUGUUUGAGAAUGAGAUAUGUCCAAUUUAGUAGAGGAGAAUAAGAAGAAGAAAUAAAAGGUUUCUAGGCCCAAGUUUAAAAAAGUCACCAGC